CGAAGAUUCCAAAUCCAACCUCAAUGGAAUCUAUCCAAAAGAUGGAAAUAAAAUGUUGGAUCUGUUAGAUUAUGUUGAAUUUCUAUCAACUUGUGAUAAAUGAAAUUAUUAUUCUUGAUUUAAUUCAGAGGAAACGUUGGAACAGUAAACAUUUCCUUUUAAAAUCAAUGAAAACGUAAUUUUUGUAUCAACUGGCAAAAGUGACGUAAAGUUGUAAUGAUUGAAAGCAAGUUCGCGAAGCAACUGCCAAUUUUUAGAAAUGAAUUGCAAUGGGGGGUUGUCUUUGGGUGGUGAACGCAAGACAAAUAUCUUUAUGGAUAAUAAACCAAUUAUCACAUAUGCAGGAGAUGAAAAAUUAUUUUCUACGAUGGAAAAUGGUUUGUUGCAAGCCAUACCUGCAGAUACAGCAGAAUGGCGUAGGUCAUUCAGUAGACCUAUGAAGCAAGUCAAACUUGGGGCAACUUUUGUGCCAUUUUCCAAGGAUAUUCUUCCAACCGAGGAGGAUCGACAUCUGAUAAAACAACCAAUAUUUCAUAUUUAUUGGAGCGAAUGUUCUGAUGUAGAUACUUAUAAAGCCAAUGUCAAAGACGAUAUAGAUAGUUGGUUGAAAACGUUAAUGCAAUACCAAAUCCAAGAUUGGAUGAUUGUUAUAGUAGAAACUUACGAUAUAAAGAAAACUAAUAAAUUAUUACCUAGAACAACCGUUCUAGACAAAAUUCGUAGUGAUUUCGCUUCUAAGAAUGGUGACAGAUGUUUUUCUGUAAUAAAUUCAGUAAAAUCAGAAAUACGCUCAGCUGAAUCAUGGAGAGGUUUAGUUAAUCGCAUACGUCACUUAAUGCUUGUUGCAUAUGAUAAAACACUAUCUUCUUUUGAAGAUAUUAUUAGAGAACAGAGAGAAAAUCGAAAUCACCCAAACUGGAAUUUUUGUCAUUAUUUUUUAUUGCAGGAAGAACUUGCAUUCGUUUUGCAAAUGUUAGGUUUGUAUGAUGAAGCAUUAGUGCAGUAUGAUGAGUUAGAUGCUCUCUUUACACAGUUUGUGCUUAAUUCUAAUGUGGGAGAUACUCCAAUUUGGUUAAAUUUGUUUCAAACUCCACUAAAUAAUUGGAAAGGUGUUAACUUAAGUAAUGGUACAAAUCAUCAUUUAAGACAUCUUUUGGCCGAGUGUAAAGCAUCGUUAUUAGAUCUUAGAAGUUAUUUAUUCAGUAGACAGUGUGCCAUGUUAUUAGCACUUAACAAACCAUGGGAGGUUGCACAAAGGUGUUUGUCAUUUGUUCAUAAUACGUUAAGCGAAUUACGCAUCUUAGAAGUUCAACGACCUGAAGGAUCUAUUGAAUGUUGGUCUUUUCUUUGUGCAUUGGAGGUAUUGCAAGCUUGUCAAUUAUCGUCUUAUAAUAUUGAUAAUAAUCAACAACUAGAUCUUUGCUCUCUACAUACAGCCAGUCUUUGGGCUCUUGCCAGAGAUAAAUUAGGAGAUUUAGGAAAAUUAUGUGGUCUAAUGCCUGGGAAUGAACCUUCUAGCGAGCAGUUACACACUGUUGUUUAUCUUAUUGCUGGUAUGGGAGAUUCUGAACCACAGAUACAAGGAAAAUUAACACCCACUGAUAAAUUGAAAGAAGCUCUUUCUUCAAAGGAAGCUUUCAAAAAACAAUAUCUCGAGCAUGCAGAAUUAGCUAUGGGUACUUAUAAACAUGUAGGUCGAAUUCGAUCAGCCAGAUUAAUAGGAAAAGAACUAGCACAAUUUUAUAGCGAACUCGGAGAAAAUCAGAAAGCCGUAGCAUUUUUAUCGGACGCUUUAAAAACUUACACGGAUGAAGGUUGGAACCAUUUGGCUGCACAAACUCAACUAGAACUUGCACAGUGUUAUAAAAGAAUGGAUGAUAUUGAGAAAUAUACAAAAGUUUGCGCAGCAAUUUCCAGUUUGAACGUAUUACACAUUACUGUCCGUAAUUCAUAUUAUGAAGAAAUGUUUGGAUAUAUGAAAAUGAUCUCAUCGCCUCAACCGUUACUCAUAGAACUUGGAUGUGCUUUUGUAAUACUCAGUAUGGAACUUAAAGUGAUGGAUAAAGUCGUACAAGAUUGCGUGGUUAAUAUUGAGAUCAGUAUACAAUCUUUAUUUCCGAGAGAAGUAAAAUGUACUAAAGCAUCUAUAUCUGUUGAAGAAAUUCAGAAACCUCUAGUACCUAAUAAAAAGAAGGGUUUAAAAUUACCAGCUGAACCUGCAAUCCCGUUGUUGUCAAAAUGUACUUUGGAAGAUAUGAAGCCAUUUGAUCCAAGUUUACUUCAGUUACAGGUAUAUUCGUAUUUAGUAUACAAAGAAGAUAAAAGUCUUGGAUCUGCUAGUGUCGUACAUAGAAAUACUAAACCUGUUAUAAGACGUUCUGACAGUACAAAACACAGGAAACCAUCUGUAAAUGCAAAAGGUGAUUUUAGUAAAGCGUUAUCGUGUGAUGAAUUUAUAGUAAAACCAGGCGUAAAUACGUUUACAUUGGUUAGACGCGUGGACCAACCUGGUUUUUACAUAGUUGGUCAAUUGUCGUUGGUUAUUGAAGAAAGAUUGGAAUUUCUGUCGCCUGUUUUAAAUCCUCGGCUAUGUUAUGAAGUAGCUAAGACCCAACCAACAAUUUCUGUGAAAUGUGGGAGAGAUUUAUUGGCAGGCCUUAUCCAAGACAUAGAAUUAGUUAUUAUGAGUGGGAGUAUAAAAAUAACAAAAGAAAUGAAACUUAAGUUACGUACGUCUAGAGGAUUAGUAGUGCAAGUUAAUAAUUCACAAGAAAUAAUGUCUAAAGAACUAGAAAUACCUUUGCCAGUUUGUGAACCAUUUCAAACAAUAUGUUUACAAUUAAGAGUUCUAGCUGACCUACCACCAAAGAAAGAUACUUUAUCAAUGGAACAUAAGUUGAAUAUACAAUGUCCAUGGGGUGCCGAAGAAAGCAUACUUUUGCAUUUUGGUCCACCACUCAUGUCAAAUAUGAAACUUCACACAGCAAAACGAAGAAAAUUUCUUCAAAUAGUUGUAACAGGAUUAACAAGUCAACUUCUGCAACUGACUGAGCCAGAAUUAACAACAGUAACAUCGAUAGAUGUUAAUUUUAAAAGUUUAAAUCCAAUUGCGGGACAGAGAUUAAUAAUAGGUAAUGGAAUAAAUGUGUCGUUUAUGUGGGAACUUGAAAUUGGGAAGGAUGAAAAAUCUAUGAUGCCCAUAAAGACUGAUUUUCGCGUAAAAUACAUCCCCGUUAACGAUACUCAAGAACUAAGUGAUGAUCCUUUGCAUAUACAUAAUUUGCAAAGAAUGGAAAAGGCAUCCAGUGUUUAUAGAUGCAAUUUCGAUAUCACAGAUUAUGUGACUUUGUUUACAGUGUCCUCAAAAGUUGAACCAGCUGGGAAUGGAGGUGAAUUUUGUCGUGCUAGUAGCAUGUGCCAUCUUUAUCUCACAGUAACACGUAUGUUACCCAGUCCUAAUCCAAAUCCUCCGCCUCAAUUAAUGUACGAAGUUCUUGCUGAUCAAGCCAUGUGGGCUGUAUGCGGCCGUACUGCUGGCCUUGUGUCGUUGGAAGUCUCAGAAAAACAAAGCGUCACAUUGGACGUGAUGCCAUUAACCAGUGGUUAUUUACCCCUUCCUGUUGUUAGAUUGUCCCGAUAUAUUCCAGCAUCGGAGUCAAAGAGUGACAUUCGUAAAACUGAAAUAGGUUCUAAUCCAAGAUUAGAACCAUUCAGUCCUGGACAAGUCUAUAAUGCUAGUAAAGCGCAGCAAGUUCACGUUCUACCCGCAUCACCUUCAGAAGCAAAUUAAAUGCAAACGCAUUGAUAUU